AUGUACCUCUACGUGGUCCCUCCAGAGCUACACCCCGGAGCUUCUAGCUUCGACCACCCUAAUGUCUGGGCAUGCAGCCCCGCUGCACCUCCUCGUCCGCCCAGACGUGUCCCCGACAUAAACCCCCGGGGAUGGUUAGUCCAAGACUCCCUCGCCCACGAUAGUCUGACUAGCGUCUUUAAGUCCACCCAGGCCAGUCCCAGUCGGGCAAGCAUCGCGCGCAGAGGUGUCAAAACUCGACUAAUCGACAAAUAA